AUGAACCCUCAAGUUACUAAUAUUGUCAUCAUGCUUGUCAUGAUGCAAUUGGCUAAGAAAUUGGACAUGGAGGAUCCUGUCAUCGUUAACUACAUCAGAAUCCUAUACUGUUCCUGCCAAGCCGCCACCUUCUUGAUCUACCAAUACACAAGAAGCAAGAUCGUCAAGAAGAAUGACAUGACCACCAUGAAAUACGUUGCUCCAGGUGGUUUAAUGACUGGUCAAUCCGAAACUUUGGAAGUCACCACCGUUAAAGACUAUGAUUUGAAGCAAAUUGAUUCAUCCAUCAAGUCCAUUUACUCAGGUUUGGCUAUGAUGGGUUUCAUGCAUUUCUAUUUACACUACACUAACCCAUUAUUCAUGCAAUCGAUCUCCCCAGUUAAAGCUGCGCUAGAAAACAAUGAAGUGCAAAUUCAUUUAUUUGGUAAAGCCGCUACUGGUGAUUUGAAGAGACCAUUCAAACAAUCAUCUAUGUUUGGGCCAAUGGGUGGUGAAGCUAAGACUGAUAAGAAAUCCAUUGAAGAAGCCGAAAAGGCUGGUAUGGGCGGUGUCAAGGCUGAAUAG